AACUGCAGACAUUUGGUUUUUCUCAAUGGCCAUGGGAGUCAUAAUGGCAUGCUUCCAACAUGAACAAAAAGGUCUAAGUCCAAUGACAAAAGCUCUUUUACAUACUUUAGAACAAAAUGGAAUGAUGUCUGGUUCAAUUGGUGACGGUCUUGAUUACAUGCCACCAAACGAGAACACUAUAAUACCAAAUAAUGGAUCGUGCUAUCCUCCCUUAAUAUGGUAUACAGGAAAAAUCGAAGAUGACAUGAUAUGUGAUGGAAGUUGUUGUUUAAGUUGUCCUUACAUGGACAAUUUUUAUCCUGAGAAUAGCAUAAAAGAAGCAUUUGAACUAUUUGCAGGAUUUGGAAUUGUUUCUUUCUUUGCAGUUUUAUUAUUAUCAAUGAUCUUUUUAGUCUUGCCAAGUCAAAAAAAAAAUCCUACAGUAAAACAGCUCUUGGUACCAUUGGCGUUGAGUGUUUGUUAUUUUGAAGGUUCAGAGUUCUUUACGAUACAGCAAGAAAAUAGUCAG